AGUCACCUCGGGGUCUCCGUAUCGAUCGGUCCCCGCGGCUGGCCGGCCAACAGUGCGAUGCAUAGUGUCAUUAGUGUUCCAGCGGCGGUGGAGAGAGACGGAUAUCGCGGAUUACUAGGCCGAGGCUAAUAAAAACAAACCCGAUAACAUAAUAGUAUUCAAUAAUAUCGUAUUAUUAAAUUGUCGUUUAUGUAAUAUUCAUGUACGGUCGCGCUCGUCCGGUUUAACAAUAUAUCGAUUAUUAUUUACUACCAAAUCUUCGGGCCCCUCAACAAUUGUAUAAUAAUAUAAUAUUUUUAUCAUUGUUAUUAUCGUUGUAUCCACGAUUUAUAAAAGAUUGUCGUACGCGUCGGUGUGGCCAGUAUAUUAUAAAAUAGUACCUAUAAACCUAUCGGUAUUAUAGAGAGACGAUAACAUGAAAUCCGCCAAAGUCUUGGUCGCCCUGUUCCUAUACGGGUGUUACAUGGUCCGAGAAUGCCUUCAACACGACAAUCCUGAACCCGUCAAAACGGCCCUGCUGCAAACGUGGGCUGAAAAGUUAUAUUUUGAACUAUGGAACUGCGGAGAAUACAUAACUAAUCGAAAAUCACUGCAAAGUAAAUAUAACAAAGAAGCAAAAUUAGAAGGAAGGAAUGGACACAUUUUGGUAGCAAACAUUUCGAGUGUCAUCAAAUCAAUGAUGGAUAAAAAACAACAAUCUUUAAAAAGAAUUUUAGAAAGCGUUGAACAAGUUGCAGUUUCAGCCCACAACGAUGCACCACCGGGUGAUGAAUAUAAGGUUCGAAAUGCAAAACCAAAUAAAGCUACUCCACAUACAAACAUAUUAUUAAAUGAUCUAAAAGAAAAUUCUCAUUUUUACCAUACUCCUGUAAAUGCUACAUAUAGUUCUGUACACAUACCAACUUAUGUUUAUGACCGGGCAUCUGAUGUAAUUAAGGCUCUCAAAUGGUCAGAAAACUUGGAUGUAGCAUUUAGAAAAAACUACGAAAUAGAUCCUAGAUUGUCAUGGCAGUAUUUUGGAAGUACAACUGGUUUCAUGAGACAAUUUCCAGCAAUGGAGUGGCCAGAUAAACCAGAUAAUACAGAAGAUUUGUACGACUGUCGAAUGCGUCCCUGGUACGUGGAAGCAGCUGCCAGUCCUAAAGAUAUUCUUAUAUUAGUCGAUAAUUCUGGGUCAAUGAUGGGACAAAGUAAAAUCAUUGCCAGGCACGUGAUAAAUACAUUAUUGGAUACAUUAUCAGUGAACGACUACGUGAAUGUACUUGUAUUUAGUAAUGUAACGAAUGAGGUCGUCCCGUGCUUCAAAAAUUUACUCGUACAAGCUACACUUGCAAACAUCCGAGAGCUAAAAUUAGGCGUGGAAAAUAUUGCCGAUCCAAAUAAUAUCUCAGAUUUUAGUAUAGCCUUAACUAUGGCGUUCGAGACACUUGAAAUGUACCGUGAACGAAAUAUGGGUGCUAUGUGUAACCAGGCCAUCAUGUUGGUCACUGAUGGUGUACCAGAAAACUUUUAUGAACUAUUUAAAUCACAUAAUUGGAAGAAUGGUACAAUGGGUAUGCCAGUAAGAGUAUUUACGUAUCUUAUUGGUCGAGAAGUGCCUGAAAUAAGAGACAUGAAAUGGAUGGCUUGUGCAAAUCAUGGGUAUUUUGUUCAUUUAAGUACGGUAGAAGAAGUUCGAGAACAAGUGGUACACUAUUUACCGGUAAUGGCUAGGCCCUUGGUGUUGCACCAAUCCCAUCAUCCGGUUAUUUGGACGCCGUUAUACGCCGAUGUUACUGAUCCAAAAAUGACUGAUUAUCUAUGGGAAAAAGAAGAAUGUCAACAACAGUAUCAUGAUACGAUUAGUUAUAAAGAAACAAAAGACCAAUUUUUCUAUCCUAAGAAUAAAGCAAAACGAGAUCGUGAUCGAAAAAAAAAAGAGUUGAAUCAAAAUUUAAACGUGAAUAGACAAAAAAAACACAAUUUAAUAACGUCUCUUGCGAUGCCGGCAUUCGACAAAAAAACUGAAAUGAAUAUCACAGUAAGAAGGCUAAUAAAUGAUAACUACUGGGUUUGGGAAACAAGAGAGACAAAAGUGGCUCAUUUACUUGGCGUUGUCGGAACUGAUGUUCCCGAAGCAGACUUACGAGAAGCCAUGUCACCUCACAUAUUGGGUGUCAAUAACUAUGCAUUUAUUGUUACUAACAACGGUUUCAUUGUCACACAUCCAGAUCUCAGACCAGUAUUUGGAGAUAUUUUGAAGCCAAAUUACAAUAGCAUCGAUGUGACUGAAGUGGAACUUGUCGAUUCCGACAACAUCGCAAGGGUGUUUGAUCGAAGUAUACUCACGCUUCGUGAUUAUAUCAUCAAUCAAACAACUGGCGAUCGAGAAAUUACUGUGAAGUAUCAUUACGACGAUAUGAGACGUGCGACAACAGCAGAGAGACAUUAUUAUUAUUCAAUAGUUGAAGGAACGCCGUUUACAGUUGUGGUUGCCUUACAAGAAAAGCACUUCGGUUACAGAGUCAAAAUACCAGACAGAUUUCAAAAUCUUAAUACAACAAGAUCAUCCCUUUUGGACUAUUUUAAGGACGACGAGUGGAGAAUUCAUCCAGAUUGGCUUUACUGUCGAUAUGCAUACGACGAUGGAGAUGAUACGUCAUUUAAAACCCCUGAAGAUGAACUUCGGCAUUUUUUAAAGCGAAUCGCCAAGACCGAUAAUACUUGGAAUAAAUGGCCACCUCCAAGAUUUUACAGUGAAUCAUACGACUCAAAAGGGUCAACAUUGCCCGAAGAAAAAUUCGAUGGCAAAUGUUAUUGUGAUAAAGAUCUUAUGCUUAGUUUGAUAUACGACGCCAAUAUGACUAAAGGUAUUUUUACAGAAGCUAAAAAUGAUACAGAAAAGAAAAAAAAUCCAGCAGCGGUCUUGAUGAGUUUAUUACCAAGAACUGAAUUUGAAAAAAGAUUUGGAGUGACAUUGGCUUUUGUUGCUACCCACAGUGGUCUUACCCGAUGGAUGGAUUAUGAAGACAAACCCAAGACGCCACUCAACUCUGAUGACCAUGAAAAUCAACAACCACAUUUCAUUGACGAGAACGUUUACUCUAUUGAAGAAGUAUGGUAUAGAAGGGCGGUUGAGUAUAAUAUGGUAAACGAUGAAAGCUAUGUAUAUUCUGUACCAUUUGAAAACGAAAACAUUAAAUCAACAUUGGUAACAGCAAGUCAAGCGGUUUUCGUUACUAGUAAAGAAAAUAAAAAGAAAGGCGCUGCUGCAGUUGUCGGUUAUCAAUUCAGACACUCGGCUCUUCAAGAAUUGUUUUUAAACAUUACAAAACAGUGUUACUCAGAAACUGGUUGUACACCGGCAAAGGACACUUGUCAAUCCAUAGAGCGAGAUUGUUACAUACUUGACAACAAUGGUUAUAUUAUUGCAUCGGAAAAUGUCAUGGAUACUGGACUGUUCUUUGGUAAUGUCAGAGGACCAAUUAUGAAAAUGAUGGUAAAAGAAAAGAUAUACAACAACAUAACAAUAUUUGACUAUCAAGGAGUAUGUUUUAAGCGAGAAAAUGAAGACGAUUCGAAUAGUUCAUCGUUUUUGUAUACUCCGAUACAUCAUUUAAAGCAAUUAAUUGGAUGGCUAAUAGGGCGUGUGUUAUGGUUGGCUGCUCAUUCUAAUUUUCAAUGGAUGAUGUCUCAGGCUCAAGCCAUAUUCGAAGAUGUUCCAGACUACCAAGAAGAUGAAGAAAGUGUCUAUUCUGCCGAUACUUUAGCCAAUUUUAAAAUUGAAGGUGAAAAAGCAUUAAAAUACGUUAGAAUUAAUCGAACUCGACCGAAAUCUUGUGAUCGUGUCGUCAAUUUGUACACGCUAACUUCGAAGAUUCCAGAAAAGGUUGAACAUAAAUCUAUGUGUGCCAGGCCUUAUGAAUUGCGAAAAAUAAUGAACACCAAUCUUAUCUUACUGGUCGUUAAUGGACGUUGUCCAGAAACAACGAAAGCCGAAAAUUUCGAUACCGAGCCAAAGGAAGUUGAUUAUGAAGAGUUCAAUAAUUCGUUGAAUUGUCACAAAGCGUUUUAUAGUUUACCACGCCGUAGACCUAAAACCGCUUGCAUUAGGACACAUCCAGACGAACACGAAAUUUACGACAAAAUGUGUGGCAAGGGUACAAUAACUACAGUUACGCCAAUAACUUUAUCAAUAGUUUUUUUUCUAUGUUUAAUUUUAUAAGGUUUUUAUAAUUUUUUAAUUCUAAAUCAAAAAUUUAAAUUCUUAUACUUAUGUAUCGAUAAAUAUUGUUCAUGAAGUUAUCUUUGUUUUUAAAUAUUUUGUCUAUUGCGUCUAUUACAAUUAUACGUUAAAUCUUGCUAUUAUAA